CUCGCUUUCUCACAAACCGGAGAGGUUUUUUUUCCUUCCCCAGCAGUCCAAGCAGAAGCAGCGCAUCGUGGCGCCUCGACGGGAACAACGGGAAAACUUCAAAGGGGGAAAAGAAAUAAUAAUAAUAAUAAUAAUAAUCUGUGAGAAGGGGAGCAAACGGGACCAUAAAGAAAAUAAUAAUAAUAAUAAUCAUAACAACAGCAGUGAGAAAGAAAUAGUGUUGGAUAACAACAAGAGAAGGUGCACGCGCGACGCUGGUGACUUUCUUGUACGCGGAGGAAUUUACUGUCGUCGUAAAGGGAUCGCGCGCGCGUUGUGCCUGUGCGCCCCGUGCAUGUGCAUGUGCACACCGGAGCGGAGGAAGUGUGUCUCUGUGCGAGCCGAGUUUCGGCUGAAGUUUGAGCUCAGAGAGCAGAGCAUUAGGAGAGGACAGGAGAGGCGGCACCAUGCGGAGACGGAGCUCCACUUUCACCGCCGCCGCCUGCGUCUAUCUCCUGAUACACUGCUUCUGCACGGAGCUGUGUGAAGCAUCAGGCCACUUUGAGUUGCGUGUGCUGUCGGUCAGGAACGUCAAAGGGGAGCUGCAGAGCGGCUCAUGCUGCGACGGCACAAGGAAUGCGGAGGACAACAACAGAUGCACGCGGGACGAGUGUGACACGUAUUUCCGCCUGUGCCUUAAGGAGUACCAGUCCAAGGUGACCCCCGGCGGACCCUGCAGUUUCGGCAGUGGAUCUACGCCGGUGAUCGGUGGGAACAUCGUCUUGCCCAAGAACCUGGCGGAGAACGACAAGGCUCGCAUCGUGCUGCCAUUCAGCUUCGCCUGGCCGAGGUCGUACACACUGAUCGUGGAGGCCUUGGACUUCAACAACGACUCCAGCACUGGGAGCAGCGGUGGUCAAGUGAUCGAGAGGGCCAUGCAGUCGGGGAUGAUCAACCCGAGCAGACAGUGGCAGACGCUGAAACACAACGGAGGCGUGGCGCAGUUCGACUACCAGAUCCGCGUCACCUGCGACGAAUACUACUACGGCUUCGGCUGCAACAAAUUCUGCCGGCCGCGAGAUGACUUCUUCGGCCACUAUAACUGUGACCACAACGGCAACAAGACGUGCCUGGAGGGCUGGGCUAGCCCCGAAUGCAGCACCGCCAUCUGUAAGCAAGGCUGUAGCACUAAACACGGAUCCUGUAAGGCGCCCGGAGAGUGCAGGUGUUUGUAUGGGUGGCAAGGGGAGUACUGCGACAAGUGUAUCCCACACCCCGGCUGUGUGCAUGGUACCUGUGAGGAACCGUGGCAGUGUCUCUGCGACACCAACUGGGGAGGACAGCUCUGUGACAAAGACCUAAACACGUGUGGCACGCGGCAGCCGUGUCUGAACGGAGGAACAUGCAGUAACACAGGACCAGACAAGUAUCACUGCUCCUGUCCUGAUGGCUACUCUGGUCAGAACUGCGAGAGAGCGGAUAACGCCUGUCUUUCGGAGCCGUGUCUGAACGGGGGACGCUGUAUGGAGAGCAGUCAGGGUUUUGAGUGCCAGUGUGCGCCGGGGUGGACCGGUCCAACCUGUGCCAUCAACAAAGACGACUGCAGUCCCAACCUGUGUAACCAUGGAGGGACGUGUGUGGACCUUGUCAACGGCUUCAAGUGCAUCUGUCCUGCACAGUGGAUUGGCAAAACCUGUCUCAUCGAUGCGGAUGAAUGUGCUGAGAACCCGUGUGUGAACGCUCACGUCUGCCGGAACCUGAUUGGUGGAUAUUUUUGCGAGUGCCUCCCUGGUUGGACAGGACAGAACUGUGACAUCAAUGUUAACGACUGCAAAGGGCAGUGUCUGAACGGAGGAACUUGUAAGGACCUGGUGAACGGGUACAAGUGUAUGUGUGCGGCGGGAUUCACGGGCGAUCAUUGUGAGAAAGAUAUCGACGAGUGCGCGAGUCAGCCCUGUCUGAACAAGGGCCAGUGCCGCGAUGACGUCAACGGCUUCCAGUGCCUGUGCCUGCCUGGUUUCUCUGGAAACCUGUGCCAGUUGGAUAUUGACUACUGCGAGGGAAAUCCGUGUCAGAACGGAGCGCCGUGUUUUAACCUGGCGACGGAUUAUUACUGUAAAUGUCCUGAGGAUUACGAGGGCAAGAACUGCUCCCAUCUCAAAGACCACUGUCGCACCACGCCCUGCGAAGUGAUUGACAGCUGCACGGUGGCUGUAGUUUCCAACAGCACCCCGGGCAACGUGCGCUACAUCUCGUCCAACGUGUGCGGUCCUCACGGUCAGUGCCGUAGCCUCGCCGGAGGACAUUUCAGCUGCGAGUGUCAGGAGGGCUUCACUGGAACCUACUGCCAUGAGAACAUUAAUGACUGCGAGAGCAGCCCGUGCCGUAACGGAGGGACGUGUAUCGAUAAAGUGAACGUGUACCAAUGUAUCUGCGCUGACGGCUGGGAAGGACCCGACUGCGAAACUAAUAUCGAUGACUGCAGCACAAACCCGUGUCACGAUCGCGGUGUGUGUCGCGACCUCGUCAACGACUUCUACUGCGAGUGCAAAAACGGCUGGAAGGGCAAGACCUGUCACUCACGCGAGAGCCAGUGUGAUGAGACGACGUGUAAUAACGGCGGAACCUGCUAUGAUGAAGGAGAUUCCUUUAAAUGCAUGUGUGCGCCUGGCUGGGAGGGGACGAGUUGCAACAUCGCGAAGAACAGCAGCUGUCUUCCCAACCCGUGCGAGAACGGCGCCACCUGCAUCGUCAGCGGCGACCGAUUCACCUGCGUGUGCAAGGAAGGCUGGGAAGGACUCACCUGCAGCCAGAACUCGAAUGACUGCAACCCACACCCAUGCUACAACAGCGGGACGUGUGUAGACGGGGAUAACUGGUACCGCUGCGAGUGUGCCGCAGGCUUUGCCGGACCUGACUGUCGCAUCAACAUUAACGAGUGCCAGUCGUCUCCGUGUGCGUUUGGCGCGACAUGCGUGGACGAGAUUAACGGCUACCGCUGCUUGUGUCCACCGGGUAGAAGCGGAGCGAGGUGUCAGGAAGUGAACAGACAUCCCUGUACGGACGCCGGACGCGUCGUAGCUGAUGGAGCCAGGUGGGACAAGGACUGUAACACCUGCUACUGUCACAACGGCAGAGUCACCUGCACAAAGCUGUUGUGUGGUCCGAAGCCGUGUCGUCUGCUUGUAUCCGGGCGGGGGGAUUGUCCGGCCGGUCAGUCAUGUGUCCCGAUGCAGGAGGACCGCUGUUUUGUGAGGCCGUGCCCCACGCAAGGCGAGUGCUGGUCUGAUCAGAACACGCCCAUCCAGUCCCGGUGCCACCCGGAGAGCGACUGCGCCAACGUCACCUUCACGUUCACGAAGGACGUCAUGCCGAAGGGCGUGACGGUGGAGCAGGUCUGCCGAGAGCUUCGCAGUCUCUACGUGGUGAAGAAUCUCUCCUCCGAGUUCUCCAUCUCCAUCACCUGUGAGCCGUCCAGCACGGCCAGCAGCGAAAUCCACGUGGCCAUUCAGGUUUCCGUUGAUGCCGGCAGCAGCCACGCGCCGGUUAAAGGAAUCACGGACAGGAUCAUCGAUGUGGUGAGCAAACGCAGCGCUAACGGCACCAUCCUCACCGCCAUCGCCGAGGUCCGCGUCCAGCGCAGGCCAACCAGCAGCCCCAACGAUUACCUGGUGCCAGUGCUGGUUUCCGUGGCAACAGUGAUCUGGGCGCUGGCUUUGGCGUGGGCAGUGUUGUGGUGUGUGCGUCGUCGUCGCAAGCAAAAUGCCAGUGCCACGGCAACAGGGUACACCUCGGCGCCGUCGGCCGCGCCGUCCCCCGAGGACAACAAUGCGGCAAAUAACGCACGCGAGAACCUGCACCAGAUCAAAAACCGCAUCGAGAAAAAUGCCGUCAGCGCCAAGAUCGGACCGCAGAAACUCCCACCUCAGGAGGCGCCGCCGCCCGAGGAUGACCCAGACACCGAGAAACGGCUCCACAAGGCGCGGUUUCCGCGGCGGCCGGUGUACGCGCUAGUGGAGUGCGACGAGCGGCCGAGCAGCCUGCACGAAAAGCGAGCUCACUGGACUAACAAACGCGACAACAGAGACUUGGAGUCCCAGAACAGCCUGCACAGAAUGGAGUAUAUCGUAUAGCGGCUGCAAGGAAACUAGGUGUGCUAGGCAACAGUCACCGUGACAGCCGUUACGGCUGCACCCCAGAGGUGAAGGACGGAUGGAACAACAAUAGAGUCAGCACCGAACUUUUCCGGCUCACCCUUCGAGCGGGAGACUCGGCCUCUGUUACGGGAAAUUGGACCGUUUUGUGUCGAGAUGACGAAGAAGGAGAAAACGAGGAAAAGUCCCCACAGCAAAAUUUACUGCAUAGACACACUGACUAAUUGGGUCAGAUCGAGGUUGUUGUGGGUUGGCUGGUUUUCCGGUUUUCCCCCCGGUUCAAAACGAGAAAAAAAAAUAUACCAAAACGCCGCCGUCUCGGGUACUUUACCUAGCGAUGAAUUACAAACAAGCGAUUUUUCGGCAUCGCAGAAAAAAAUUCGAAUUCUUUUGUGUGCAGCAGAAUUUCAGAGGCACACGGAUUUGCACUCAGCAAGAAUGCGUCAGUGUUUUUUUUUUAUUACUAUUAUUAUUUCUUCCUUGGGAUCAUUUCACAGAGAUGGAGGGUUUUAGACCUGAUCAAAAUAUUUAAAAACAUAACCCUCGCUGUGUAUCAGAGCGAAGGUGCUGAUCAAAGUAAAGCUGAUCUCAGACCAGGUUGCUGUUCCACGGCGUGAUUCUGCAGACUAGCAUCCUGACACGACUCCACGUGCCGAGAACCUCCAGGCUCGCUUCAUAACGCAAGUCUAAAGGCAUCACUAAUCCCGUCUCAUUUCCAUCAACAUUUAUACAAAACGUUUUUUAUUCUUUUUGUAAAAAAUGGAGGUGUUUGUUUUCAGCAGUAAAUUAUUCGAGUGAUGUUUCCUGAGUGUAACAGCUGCCCUUAGACCUCCGUCAUGAAGCGAGAUCCUUUUAUACAGACACGGGAAAUAGAAAUGAGGUUUAAAAAACGCAGAGCUGUAAUGUUUAAAUGUUUAGAUUUGCGAAACGAACAUCCUGGCUCUGACGCCGGGGGUGAGCCGACUCGCAGAACAUCGGAUAUCGUGAUACUCGAAGAUCAUGCUAAAGAACGACGAGGCAAAUAACCAGCUGAGGAAAAGACACAACGCUCUUAGAUGCUCUCAGUAAAGUGUAUCGUAUCAUUACGUAUCGUAUCGUGAUGUAUCGUGUUGCCGUAUCGUAUUGGCCCACCCCUGAGGGAAGCCCCACCUUAAUCACACUUCCUGUUUAGCCCAAAGGUGCCUGCAAGACCACCCCCACCACAACCACAACAACCAAAACUCCAUCAUCAUCAUCAUUUAUUAAUAUUAUUAUUAUUAUUUAUUUUCAUGCGUAUUGUUUUGUUUUGCAGGCGGCAGGUCAAACUUCAGUCCCUUGCAAUAUGAAGAAUUUUAAUUGUCGACUUUUACUAUGACGUCCAUGUUGUGUAGAUUUUUCUUUUUGUAUGUACAUAUUUUUUUAAUUAAUCAUUGUGUAUAUUUGAUUUAUUAACUUAAUAUUCGAGAGCCUAUCAUUCCUUGUUUUUUUUUGUUUUUUUUGUUUUUUUAUUUUAAUUUUUUUUUUUAUUUAUGUGCUUCAUUUAGAUUCCGAAGGUUCGACAGCUUUGUAAGCUUUCUACUUCCUUAGGUUUGACAGAAAACGUUUGUUUCACACACAAAAAAAAAAAAUAAAUAAAUAAAUAAUAAUAAUAAUAAUAAUGCCAAAAGUGUUCUUGAAAGAAUAGUUUUAUUUUUUAUUUCAGCUGUAUGAAAUGAAAAUGCGCUGUACAAACUUUAAAAAAAAAAAAAAAAAAAAAAAAAAAAAACAU